UACAGCACGAGUUCCCUUCAGAGUAGUUGAUCACUGUUGUGGACAUUCUCAACACUUUAACUCCGACUGGAAAUAAAAAAAUAUAUAGGAUAACACACAGGAGGGUUCUUUCUCAAAGAGGAAAAUGUCGGAUUUCUCAGCUCUCGGGCUGUCUGAUUGGCUAAUUCAACAAUGUAAACAAAUGGGAAUUAAUAAACCCACACCAGUCCAGGAAAACUGUAUGCCAGCUAUUCUAGAAGGUCGCGACUGCAUGGGCUGCGCUAAGACAGGGAGCGGGAAGACUGCUGCUUUCGUCCUGCCAGUGUUGCAGAAAUUGUCCGAGGAUCCUUAUGGCAUCUUCUGUUUGGUGCUUACACCCACCAGGGAGCUGGCGUAUCAGAUCGCAGAGCAGUUCAGGGUCUUGGGGAAACCUCUGGGCUUGCGGGAUUGUAUAAUCGUCGGAGGAAUGGAUAUGGUAACUCAGGCCCUGGAACUGUCUAAGAAACCCCACAUUGUCGUGGCAACCCCAGGGAGACUGGCAGAUCACAUUCGCAGUUCAAACACCUUCAGCAUGCAAAAAAUAAAAUUUUUGAUUUUGGAUGAGGCUGACCGCCUGCUUGAACAGGGAUGCACAGACUUCACAAAAGACUUGGAGGUCAUCCUCAGCAUAGUGCCUGCCAGUAGGCAGACUCUGCUGUUCAGUGCCACACUGACUGAUACACUGCAGGAGCUGAAGAGCAUCGCCAUGAACAAGCCUUUCUUCUGGGAGAGCAAGUCAGAGGUACGCACUGUGGACGAGUUGGACCAAAGAUACAUCCUGACCCCUGAAAAAGUGAAGGAUGCUUACCUGGUGCAUCUGAUCCAGAAGUUCCAGGAUGAGCACGAAGACUGGUCCAUCAUGAUCUUCACAAACACCUGCAAGAACUGCCAAAUCCUCACAAUGAUGCUGCGCGAGUUCAACUUCCCUGCCAUCUCCCUUCAUUCCAUGAUGAAACAGAAACAACGUUUUGCCAACCUUGCCAAGUUCAAGUCCAGUGUCUUCAAGAUUCUUAUUGCAACAGAUGUAGCUGCCAGGGGUCUGGACAUUCCAACAGUCCAAGUUGUCAUCAAUCACAACACACCUGGCUUGCCCAAGAUUUACAUUCACAGAGUUGGCCGAACUGCCAGAGCAGGACGGCAUGGUGUUUCUAUUACCCUGGUGACGCAGUAUGACAUCCAUUUAGUCCAUUCCAUCGAGGAGCAGAUCCAAGCUAAACUGAAGGAGUAUCCAGUGGAGGAGAGUGAAGUACUGAAGAUCCUCACCCAAGUCAAUGUGACCAGGCGAGAGUGUGAAAUUAAACUGGAGUCCACAGAUUUUGAUGAGAAGAAAGAAAUUAACAAAAGAAAACAGAUGAUUUUGGAAGGAAAAGACCCCGACAUGGAGCAGAAGAGGAAGGCUGAGCUGGAGCGGAUCAGGAGCGAGAAGAGGAAGUUCAAGGAGAGGAUUCAGGAGACCAUACAGAAGAAGCAGAAUGCAAAGCUGAGAAAGAAACUGCAGAGGAAGAAGAAAUCCAGUCAAAAGAAAAAGACACAGACAACCUAAUACUACUCUAGGAACUUGAUAUCCUAAUUGCUGGCUUAGAGAUCUAGAUGGAGUUAAAUUUCAAGGAAUGUCGACACAAGGCCUAUCAUGUGAACCCCAAAAGGCCUUGUCUGACUCGCAUCAGAUCAAUGGAAGUCAGACCAAGCUGCUCAAUGCAUUGUACAGGACUUUACAAAAGCUUAACGCAGUUAUCACAUGCUUUUUUGCAAAUAAAUUAUAAAGACUACAUUUUCAAAA